AUGUGUUGUGGAUCUAUGUGGGAAAGAUUCAUACAGACUUCAAAAUGGUCUAAGAUCUUUAUUUUAGUAUCAAUAGUUCAAGCGAUAAUAACAGUAAUUCUUGAAACCCGAUUACUCGUUCGAAAUGAAUAUUUACGACAAGAUCUAUCACACAAAGCAUCCAAUUCAACAGCCGAAUUAAUCAGUUUAAACUCAUCAAUAACAUACCAUUUUCCUGAAAUGGAACGUGCUGAAUGUAAUGCUAGUUUGGUCGAUUCAUUAACUGAAAGAAUUGAAAGAAUCGAAUCGGAAAAUGUUAUUUUUAUAUUUUUUCAAUUGUUUCAAAUUUGGUUGAAUCUUGAUGCGAUUCAAUUAAUUGAAAUAUCGAUUUGGCGUCGAAGGCUGAUGCAUGCGUGUACCUUAACUUCUUUAAAUUUAAUAGUUUAUGAUAUACCGUUUAUUAUUGCUUAUAUGCUUUUUGCUACUCUCAUGAUUGAUAUAUUCUUUCUUUUGAUAUUUGCAAUUGAAACAUGGGUAACAUAUAUGCUUAAUUCAUCGGAUAUUUCAAAUCAAGACGAUUCAUUUGUGCCGGACGCAAUAGUCCAGUAUAAUAAAGUGAUAACCAUAUUAAUUAUAUUUUCGGAAAUUAUUGGAUUUGUUUCGUCACGAAAAGAAUGGAAAAUUGGAAUGAUCAUAUUUUUCGUUUCUUGGCUCGGGGUUAUUAUAGAUUUUAUAGCUAUUCUAUAUUCUUCCACGAAAUUCGUAUCGAGUGAUAUGGGUGUUUUACUAGCUAUUAUCACAUUUGUAUGGGGAAUUUUAGUAUUCUUAAAUUUUGGUAAAGGAGUAAAAGAAAUUAUUACCGGCAUUAAUCAUAAUAAUGACAAUCAAAAUGUUAACUUUAUUAUUGAUGAUGAAUAG